AUAGUAAAUAAUUGAGUCAUAAAGAGCUGAUUUUUGAUAAAAUAUCAGACAGACUUAAGAUAUUUUAUAUUUAAUAGUGAAUAUAGGAAUAAAAUGUCUGAGCAGAAGAGUUUAUUCGACGAAUUACCACCUCCACCAAGUUACAGCGAGAUUCAUGGAGCACCAAGUACAGCUGAUGCUCAGAAUCCAACAGAACCAUCAGCACCACCUGUUCAUUUGAUGGAAAAUUACGAAGGUUAUGGAGAACUUCGCAAUGAACCAGUUGAGCCUCCUCCAUACACUCCACCCGCUGGACCGCACAUUCCACCAAUUCCUGUUGAUCAACAAAGACCAGCUACGGAAGAAGAAGCUCGUGAAGCGCUUUUGGAAUUGAUAAGCACAAAAUGUUGUUGGUCAGUUCGUCCAGCUAGAGAGCUAGUUAUAACUGAUUUAGUAGGAAAAUCCAUUACUCAUUAUUCUUUGCAAUCGUGGACUGAGAUAAGAGCGACUUCGUGGGAUAGUGAACCGUAUACUGGUGAUCAUGUUGACUGGUGUCCACCGAACCAAGCUCCCCCAAAUCCAUGGGAAGUACCUGUUCAUGUACCUAGCGCCUUCAGCCAAUUAGAAAGGUCAGUUCGUGUGCCCAGGACGGAAAGUGUAAAAUUAUGUUUCAAGUGCAAUGGAAUUGGUCGUCAACCUUGCUGGAAUUGUAGGGGAUCAUCUCACAUCAGAUGCAAUUUUUGCCACGGACGCGGUCGUGAAAGAAGAGACAGAAUGAACAGUUCCCACAAUAAUUUCACUUCGUGUAGGUUUUGCAAUGGGAGUGGUUCUCAGGCUUGUUUUACUUGCAACGGUAGUGGAAAUAUAUUAUGUAAAACCUGCAGGGGAUUUGGCAAAAUCAAAUGCUUCAUUAAAUUAACGAUCACUUGGAAAACCCAUCUAGACAAUCAUAUUGAUCUACCAUUGGUUCCCGAAAAUCUUAUAAAGCAAGCCGCCGGUGUUGUAGUGGUUCAAGAUGAGAGGGAUAGAGUGACACCGAUUGAUUAUUCGAGAGGAGGUGUGACCGAGGCCAGUAGAAAAUUUGUUAAUCAACACGCCACCUCGUGGCCAUUAGAAUUAAUUCGAAGACAGAAGCAGGUUGUUAGGGUUAUUAGAGUAACUGAAUGCAAAUACGUUUGGGAUGGAAAUCAAGGAACUUUCUACGUUAUCGGAGAUGAGAUGAAAGCCUAUUGCUCUGAUUACCCAAAAAAGUGCUUCUGUUCAUGCAGUAUUUUAUAG